GAUCCCACGCAACAAUCUUAGAACGCCCGGCCGCUGAGCUUACCAAGAAAAAGCUACUCUCCACUCCGCGAGCUUUCCAUAUCCCACGCCAUCGCUGAUUUCCGGAUUCCAAUUUUGCAACGCACAUGAAGCAGACGAGUCGGACGCCGGCGCCGCGCACCUGGCGCAUUACGAGGGGGAGAGGACGCGGCGCGACGUAACCUAAUCCAGCAACGUGCCGCGCGGGGUACGCGCAAGAAACCCAGGAAGUGGGUGCAUGGAGGCGGCGGAGGGCGACGAGGGCAAGGCGGACUGCAAGAAGACGCCGUGGACCGCGGAGGAGGACGAGGCGCUGCGGCGGGAGGUGCGCAAGCACGGGCGGCAGAACUGGGCGGCCAUCUCGGCCGCGCUGCCCGAGCGCGGGGCCAAGUCGUGCCGGCUGCGGUGGUGCCAGCACCUGUCCCCGGAGCUGGACAGCCGCCCGUUCACGCCCGAGGAGGACGCGCGCAUCGUCGAGCUGCAGCGCAUGCACGGCAACAAGUGGGCCACCAUCGCGCGUCACCUCCCCGGCCGAUCCGACAACGCCGUCAAGAACCGGUGGAACUCCGCUCUCCGCAAGAUGCAGGGCGGCCCCGCCGCGGAGGACGCGGACGCUGACGACCAGGCGGCGGCCCCGGCGUGCCUCGAGCUGUUCCCCUUGAGGGCUGGGGGGCUGAUGGAGGCCACUGCGGCUGGUCAUUUCGGCGUUCGUGAGGAGGAGGUGGACGAGGAGGGCGAUGUGGCGUCGAUCGUCCUGACGCUGGGGUUGCCAGGGCUGAGCGAGUCGGAGCUGACGCUGAGCCUGCGGCCCGUGCGGCCGUCGUGAUCGUGGAGAAGCGGCUACGCGGGCGUGGAAUCUGAAAACGGUUCGUCCAUGUCCAAGGCCAUCGCACCAGCCGGCCGUCUCCGAGUGAAAAAUUUCUGUAGAGUUUCAAUGGGUAUAGUCUUCUUCUUCUGAAAAGUUAGUGCCUUUUCAGAUGAAUAAGUUCAUUUUUAGGAU